AGCUGCUGUCGCACUAGGAUUUUCGUUUCCCCUUCGUGUUUCAGUUUCAAUUUGUAAUCCAAAUCAUUCGUACCCCAUUGAACUGAAUCGAAUCGAAUCCCAGGUCCCAGUAUGUUUUCCCAACCCGCCCAGGAGUCGGUGGCGACACAGACGGAGCCGCAGGCGGUACCGGCGCCCGUAUGCACACCGCUGCUGAUGGUGGACGAGGAUGGACGGAAGCGGUACUGCUACCACGGCGGGAAGUGCAAGUGCGCCACGUGCGCUAGAAUCCGGGCGGAGCAGGCGGUGAAAAUGGACCGGGAGCUACUCUCUUAUAUUCCGCACUCGAAACUGCAGCUGAAUGUGCCGCUCCGGAUGGCGAAGCCGAAGCAGUACCGCCUGGAAGCCCGACGUGCCGCUCCGGAGAUGGCCAAGCGCCUGCAGGAGGACCACGAGAGAUUGAGGGCCGAGUACCCCAUGUACUACCUUCCGGAUCGCUACUUCAGCGACAACUUCUACGAGUUGCCCGGACCGCAGCACAAGCAGACCCAGACGGACAUCCCCAUCGGGCGCUACGGCAUCGAUGGCUGUCCCUGUCCCAAUAAGGCGCUCUGCUUCGACAUGUAGUCCUGGGCAGGAUUCGGGGUGGGCAAGAAGGGGUAAAUAAAAAACUGUCAUGCGAGAAACAUA